AUGGAUAUGUUCCAGGACCUGGUGGAACAGGAUCUUAAGAAGCUAAACACUAGCACUACAGGUAGAAUCAAAUGGAACAUCUCCCUUGAGGAACGGACAGCACUUAGGUCCCUCAGGUCAGCAACUAAUAUUACCAUACGGCAGGCAGAUAAGGGCGGAAGUGUGGUUGUCAUGAAUACGGCCGAUUAUAUAGCAGAGGCCAAACGACAACUUAAUGAUUGUGAAACUUACUCCACCCUCUCUUUCAAUCCUCAGGACAAAUUCAUGAAAGCAAUCGAGGAACUGGUGUCAUAUGGAGAGGAACAACUAACCGAUAUUGAAGCCUUCAAUCAGGAAUUGCAUACCAGUAAUAUGCUUAUUGCAGCCCAUGCCUUGUCUUUUGCUAGUGGCCUGAUGCAUUUUAUGCAAACCUUACAUAAUAAGCCAACUGCAGAAAGAAACAAAAAGGUGAUACAGUUUAGGUACCAGUUACACCACGUUCUGAAGGGUAUGAAAUUUCCAAUGCAAGGCCCUUUUAUGAAAUCUUUUGAUUUACACGGAGAGUUGGUAUCUUCCUAUCAGGUUAUUAAUGUGUAUGUUCAACCUAAUCAAUUCAUAGCCAUUGCCAAAAUCCCUAGAGCGCAAUGUUCAGACAACUGUCUCCGUGGCUUCAGGAAAGCGACAAAGCCUGGAGCUCCAUUCUGUUGCUAUGAUUGUGUCCUUUGUUCUGAAGGAGAGAUCUCCAAUAUAACCGACAGUAAAAACUGCAUCAGAUGCCCAGAUUUGGAAUCGCCCAAUGAAAAGAGGAAUCAAUGUAUUGCAAAGAGUAUAGAGUUUCUCUCAUACAAUGAUGUGAUUUCUGAGCUGUUCUCAUUCAUUUCUCUUGUCCUUGUUGUUUUAAUUCUGUUGAUAUUGGGAGUUUUCAUUUCACACUGGAACACCACUAUUGUGAGAGCCAACAACAGGAGCCUGAGCUUCCUCCUCCUUGUCUCCAUCAAGCUGAGCUUCCUCAGUGUGUUUCUGUUCCUCGGUCGCCCUGUGGAUAUAAACUGCAUGCUGCGUAACAUCACUUUUGGAAUCACCUUCUCCAUCGCUAUCUCUUCUCUCCUGGCCAAGACUAUCAUGGUUUACGUUGCUUUCAAAGCCACCAAGCCAGGGAGCUCAUGGAGAAAAUGGGUGGGAGCCAAUAUGUCCAAUUCUGUAGUUUUGUUCUGCUCAUCCAUUCAAAUAAUAAUCUGCAUGACUUGGUUGGCCAUUUCUCCUCCCUUUCAGGAACUGGACCUUCACACUUACCCUGGAACCAUCAUCAUUCAGUGCAAUGAGGGCUCAGCUAUUGGCUUUUACUCAGUUAUUGGGUAUAUGGGGCUUCUGGCAGCUGUUAGUUUUGUUUUAGCAUUUUUAGCUCGGACAUUACCGGACAGUUUUAAUGAGGCCAAGUACAUCACUUUCAGCAUGUUGCUCUUCUGCAGUGUUUGGAUCACAAUGAUCCCGGCCUAUCUGAGCACCAAAGGCAAAAACACUGUGUGUGUGGAGAUAUUUGCCAUACUCACCUCAAGUGCUGGACUUUUAUUCUGUAUAUUUCUACCCAAAUGUUACAUUAUUUUAUUUAAACCAGAGAUUAACACAAAAUCUCAUGUAAUUGGAAACAAAGCCUUAUAUUCUACCUGA